AUGGGCUGCGCUUCUUCGAAGGCGGUAACGAGGUCGAGGAGCUUCCGGGAAGAAAGCGGCCACAGCUUCCGCAGAACCAGCGGCGUGGUGCCGACCCUUGGAAGCCUUCUUGCCGCCAUGAGCGGCGGCGAUGGCAACCUCGUGGCCCUUCUCUCCGCCGCCCCACGGAAGCUCACGGCGGCGAAGAACGCUGCCCCGGAUACGAGCAAGCCCUCCGACGCACUCGCCGGAGAGCCCACAAUCCCUGAAACUAUCGACGCCCAGGAGUUGAUGGCGGAUUUACAGGAAAAUGGAGAAAGCUUUCGCGCUGCGGAGGACGGCGGCGCCGGCGGCGGCUGGAAGGGUCCGAGAAGGAAGGGGGUGGCGGGGGAGCCUCCGGCUCUGAGAAUCCCCAGCGGAUUUGAGUUUUCCCGCUCCGGAGAUCUCGGAGAGUGGCUGAAAGGCGGCGGCGUGGUUUUCUCCCCGGGGUCCUACGCCACCCCCAGGUUCGGGAAUUGCACCGCACGCGGCGGCGGAGGCGGAGGCGCCGCCGCCGCUGAGGGGGACUGGUUCGACCAGCAGCUGGUGACGGAGUUGGAAGAAGCCAUGGCGGUGCUGAGCGCGGAGGAGGAGAAGAUUUUGGAGAGUUUCCCCGGGGGAUUCCAGGAGGAAGACGGAGAGGAAGACUUUGUCGGCUUAAGGUCACAGAUCGAUUCCUGA